AUUCGUUUCAGUUCUGUAUUCACAGAACCGAAACCGAGAGGAGGAGAAAAAGAAAGGAGAAGAAGAAGAAGUCGCCGCCAUCCUUUUGUUCCGCCGCCGUCCGUCGCCGACCGCCCUCGCCGUUGUUCCUCGUCGCCGUCUGCCACUUUAGCCAUUAUGUCAUAUCGACGACCAAAUUUUAUGGAGACGGACGAUAUGUUCCUCCAGUUUGAGGACGAUUUAGAUAAUAACAUCGCGGGAGGGUCAUCAUCUGUGGGCGACAAUACGGGGUCUUCUUCUCAACAAACGACUCCGACUCCUAGGAGACGUGCGCAGUCUCGACUCUUGGAGUUAGAGCGCCACGUUGCAAUAAAUGGGCGCAUUCCGAUGACGAUCGCCCCUGGAGCGGAGAAGCCUAUUUCUCCACACGCCGUUCGCUUCAGCCAGGCGAUAGGCGUGUGCGUGCGAAAGACAUUUCCCGUCUGCUGUCUUAAGUGGACGGACGUUGGGAGAGAAUACAUUGAGGUCGUCAAGGGCGACCUCCAGCGAUUCUUUGUGCUUGAUUUCAAUGAUCAAGCAAUGAACAGGUUUGUUGAGCAUCAGAUGCUCACGACCUUUAAAGAGUUCCGGGCCGACUGUCAUAAACAUUUCAAAAAGUACAGCGACCCGGAGGAGGCUCGUGCCAACCCACCAAACGCAUUGGUUGGACGUGAUGAGGAUUGGCACUUCCUCUGCGACCAUUAUAUCAGCCGUGCAUUCCAGGAGCAAUCACGGACAAACAAGGCUGCUAGACAGAAGCAGCCUUACAAUCAUAGUAGCGGGUCCAAGUCGUUUCUACAACGACAGUAUGAGCUCGCUGAAAGAAGAGGGCAGCCGGUCGAUCGUGUGGAAUUGUUCCGGGAAACACACGUUCGAGCUGGGACAUUCGUGUCGCAAGCCGCCGAGGAUGCGCAUCCUAUCCCAGAGGGUAGUCAGCCACUCUCUGAGGAUGAGAUAUGCGAUCAGGUGUUGGGUAGACGACCAGGCUACUCAAAAGGCCUUGGUUGGGGACCCAAGCCGAAGGCCCGCAGAACGGCAAGUGCAAGCAGUUCGUCGACAUCUUGUUCGCAGUCCACACAAAAAGAGAUUGAAUUACAAGCUAAACUUCAUGAAGCUUUGGAACGGAUUGAAGUACAAGAUAGAAAUCACCAAGCAUUAGCUUCACAAGUGGAAGCUAUGAAAAAGAUGAUUGAAGACCUAACUCGUGCACAACAGGGACCACCACAUGAUUCCUAGCUUCAUUAUGUUUAUGUUUUUUCUAUAUUGAGAACUAUAUUUUGUUGUAGUCAACUUAUUCGUAUUAUUAAUUUUAAUUCUAUUUUUUUAA